AUGGUCAAUCUCGGUCUCUUCCUUCACAAGGGCACUGAGGGAGUCGAGACGAACGCGGUUAACGCUGUACGAAUGGGAGAUGGUGCAUCUCGGCCUCCUACUGCAGGACGGCGCGGGGGGGUCGUGAAGAACGGGGUUCGCGCCUCAGAGCUGUACGAGCUUGCGAUUGACAGGAGGGACGAUGUGCAUGCAUUGGACAAUCUUGGUCUGCUGCUACACCACGGCACGGAAGGAGUGGAAAUAGACGAGGUCCGCGGCCUGGAGCUGUACGAGCGUGCGCUGGAUCGAGAGGUACUUGCGGAGGGAGAACGAGUCGGCGAAGAGCAGGGACGGGAUGGAGGGCGAGCUGGACGAGAGGCAGCUGUACGAACGGCUCAUGGAGCGCGGAAGGGUCGGCGGAGACAAGAGGUCGACGGCGGUGCGCGCCACCAACUCGGCGUGCGUCUCGAUGACCACGUGAGGGAUGAGCGCGCAAUCUGGCGGUGCAGAUCGGCUGUCCUAUCAGCUCCCCCUGCACUUUGUGCACGAGCCAGCCUCUUCUCCGCGAUCAACUUUGCCGGCGCGACGGCAGCGGCGCGCGUGUGGGGCAGGCGCACCGCGAGCGUGUGGCACGUCUGCGCGGACGACGGAGUCGUAGGCGCAGCUGUCGCUGUGCGGGUGGAGACGCUUCUGCAGCGCGAGCUGACGUCUGGAAGUGGUGGAAAGCGGAACAGGAGGUUACGAAGAGGGGGGAGGCUGGGCUGCAGGAGUUGCAGCGCCCCCUGUUGGCAGAGGAGCGUCGGAUAUUAA